AGCAGUCCUGGCCCCAGGCAGACGCAGCCAGCUCGCGCCGCAGGAUCCACCCGGCUGCGUCUCGGCCGGAGGAGCGACGGCUUGGAGGGCCAUGUCGGCGCAGGAGGACCUCCAGAUGACCCCUCAGGAGCGCGAGCGCGCGCGCGCGGCGGCGGCCGCGGGCGGGCAGAAGCCCACGGCCUCGGAGGCCGCCGCGUUCGAGGCCGCCGAGGAGGUCGUGCUGGGCGGUGGCGGCGGUGAGCAGCACAUCGUCAUCGUGGGCGCCGGGCUGGUCGGGUCGCUUCUGGCUGUGGUGUUGCUGCGCAAGGGCUUCCGGGUCCACAUCUUCGAGCGCUACGCGGACAUCCGCUCCAUCCCGACCAACGGGCGGUCCUCACAG